AUUCUUCAUGCAAUUCUAUCUCUUUUUUUAUCAAAUUUAUUAUUUAAUAAAUACAACAAAAAGUUUAAGGCAGCUUGCCGGCAGCUGCGUGAUGAAUUCGUUACAACAUGCAUGCGUCUGUCAUAUCAGAGUGAAAAAUCAUUGAUUGAAUUUUGCCAAGCAUAUGAAAAUAUUUGCUUCGAUGUUCCAAUGGAAGAUUCGAUAAAUCGAAAAAUUCCAUCGUUCGUUUCUUAUUUUCGGAUAACAACAACAACGACUGAAAAUCCUCACGAUUAUAUACUAUUUUGUCGCGAAUUCAAGCAUCGCUUCUUGUAUGUUUGCCCGGAUCCAUUGCGUUUUGGCCAGAAAGCAAUAUUUUGUCCUCUAUACGCAGAACGUUGCGAUGUUGCGCUACCAGAUCGAUCCAUAAUUCCAACUCGACCUCAUAACGAGCAUAAAAUAGUGAUAGCAUCGCUCUGUAGCCGUUAUAAAAUGUUUGCUAAUAAUUACUGUCGUAAUCCGUUUUUUCAAGGAAAUUAUAAAAGUGCUUGCGAGAAAUAUUUCCAAUUUUGCACCAGUAAUCAUCGAUAA